UUUUUUUUUCAAAGAUUGAUAGGUUCUAUUUGUAUGCGAAAAGAUCCAAGCUAACUCAAGCGGAUUCUUUGCUCUUCUCUCUAGAGAUGGCAGAUGUUCAAGACAUAGAUGGCAAACCAUGUGAAGAAAAUUUGCCCUGUUCAUCUCAAAAGCAGGAAACUUGUGAUGAAAUGCUUUCUAGACACAGGAAAGAGAUAUCGCAGCUUCAGAACAAGGAAAUUGAGCUGAAAAAGGCAGCAGCAAGGGGUAGCAAGGCUGAACAGAAGGCUAAAAAGAAGCAGUUGGAGGAAGAGAUCUCUCGGCUAUCUACUAAUCUUAAGGAAAAGCAUGCUAAAGAGCUUGCUUCACUAGGCUACAGUGAUAGUAAUGGAAAUGAUAAAAGCAAUAUUGACAACUUGGUGAAGGCCAUAGCUGGGGUGUCUGUUGCCCCUCUGCAGGAUCACCCAAAGCCCAGCAAAGGUGCAAGGAGACGAGAGAAAAGAGCCCAGCAAGAAGCGGCUAGAGAACAACGAAUUCAAGAAGAGCAGAGCACCAUUGUGAGUGACAGAAUGAUUGAAGAUGAGAAAUUGGAGAGAAAAUUCGAACCCCUGGGACUCGUAAUUAAUGAAAUAAAGCCAGAUGGACACUGCCUCUACCGAGCUGUUGAAGAUCAGCUGGCCCUUCUGUCUGGAGGUUCUUCUCCUUAUACAUAUCAGGAGCUACGGGAAAUGGCGGCUGCUUAUAUGAGGAAACAUGCAUCUGAUUUUCUCCCUUUUUUCCUAUCAGAGAAUACCAUAGAUGGAGAUUCUGACAAUUCGCUAGCAGAGAGAUUUGAGAACUACUGUAAAGAGGUGGAGUCAACUGCUGCAUGGGGAGGACAAUUAGAGCUUGGAGCUUUAACUCACUGCCUGAGAAAACAUAUCAUGAUAUUUUCAGGAUCUUUUCCUGAUGUGGAGAUGGGAAAGGAGUACAAAUCUGAUGGAGGGUUCAGUUCAUCUACGGGGACCAUCCGGUUGUCAUAUCAUAGGCACGCCUUUGGGCUUGGAGAGCACUAUAAUUCUGUCGCCCCAAAUUUGAUCAAAUAGUUAUAAUUUAGUGAUCCGUGAAAAGUUCCUUUAUAUGUGCAUGUUUACAAUAUGAUGUUUUGAUGGAGCAAGCAAAUGUUGGCUCUAAACUAAAUUUUGAAACUUUGGUUUUGACUGAAGCUAGUUGAUGCAUUAUUAUCCAUCUUAUUUUCGUUGGACCAGGUAAAUGAACUACUAGAGGCGCACUAGUAGGACGGGCCCAACAUAUAACUCCGGGGGCUGAAUACGGGGCCCUGUCCUUUAGGAUUGGUUGGGAGCUGAACCCUUACGAAGUUCAAAAAGAACUAAUACUAAGAUUAGGAAAUCAGCCCAGACGCUUUUCUAGUUAUUACUUAAAUAUAAUUAAGAAAUUAACCCCUGCAGCUUUCCUUGAGCCAUUAUGUCAAAAUUGAUAGAAGAAAUGCCAGAAUGGAAUGGGCUACCAUUUACCCCGGACCACGGUACAGAGAAAAUAUGAUAACAGAUUGACGAUUACAAAAGGGAGAAACCAAGAAACAUGUGGAGGCCAAAACCACAUCAACUUUCACGCACAAAGACAAAAACCAUAGAAUAGUGAGGCACGUGGUCGAAGAAAAAAGGAAGAAAACAACUGCUCGAUCAAGAUCAUAUGCCAUCCCCUGCUGUCAUCCCCCUAGGGAAUUUUGGUGACACUAGGAUUCAGCUGGCAGAUC